AUGGCUCCCGUCCCGGAAGCCAAUAUUGUGACUCUAUUAGAGCAGUCGGCGUUGUCGUCGGCCGGGAUCGUUGCUUACCCCGAAGGCGAUCGGUGUCCUCCCACGCAAUUGAGCUAUGCCCAGCUUCGCGACCUGGUCACAGAGAAGGCGGAGUGGCUUCGUGGUAUAGCAUCAUUUGAUACCGAAGCCCGCAUGUCCAUGCUUCAUGCUCUCAUUCGGACUGCCAUGCUGUUCACCUCCGCUCGGCCGCGCGUGUUGCCUCUUGCACCCGGCCGACUGAAAAAGACCACGCUCGGUAAGCUGUCGCGCUCGAAGAUCCAGAAUGCGAUGAUCCAGGGGAAAUACACCGAUCAAGAGGAACUGAACGAAAGGAUCCUUCAAUCGUACCACGAUGCACAUUUCUCGGCUCCGCGUGAUGAAAUGGAUUGCACGCUAAUGACUGUGUUCAAGCAAACUAUUGGACUGUGGGACAUGGAUAUGGGUAUUGACAUGCCCAUCCUCGACACAGGUAUCAGCUCGGUCGACUUGAUCCGGCUCAAGCGUGCCGUCGAAACGACUUUUGGCAUUGCGGAAAUUCCCAUGAUGACCAUCAUGACCAAUACAACCAUUCGCUCCCUGGCAUCAGCGCUCCAGCAUUUCAAAACCUCCGCACGGGCCGGUGAGUACCAGGCCGUUGUCACCCUUCAACCUCACGGGAUCAAGACGCCACUUUGGUUUUUCCACCCGGGUAUCGGUGAGAUCCUGGUCUUCCUGGCACUGGCGCAGCAUUUUCCCGAUCGGCCAGUCUAUGCCAUGCGACCGCGUGGGUUCAACCCAGGCGAGGAGCCCUUCCAAAACCUCGACGAUCUCAUGACAACGUACUACACUGCCUUGAGAAGGCAGCAGCCCAAAGGUCCCUACGCGAUGGCGGGAUACUCGUACGGCAGUGUGUUGGCUUUCGAAAUUGCCAAGAAACUCGAGGCCGAAGGGGAAGAAGUGAAGUUCCUGGGCAGUUCCAACUUGCCGCCGCACAUCAAGCAGCGCAUGCGUCAGCUAGGCUGGUCCGCAGGUCUGGCACAAAUCUCACACUUUUGCAACAUCAUUAAGGAGGAUCGCUCCAGGGAGAUGGUUUCUGAGCUGCGGCCCUUGCCCAAAUCCGAGCAAGUCGCGCGCGUGUUGGCCGAGGCCGACCCCGAGCGAACGUCGGCGCUGGGUCUAUCCCAGGCUUCGUUGCAUACCUGGGUCAACGUCUCUUUUUCUCUUCAGAAGAUUGGCUGGGAGUGUGAUCCCUCCGGCACGGUAUCCCACAUCGACGUCUUCUUCUGUGACCCGCUACGCGACAUAGCCAGCUCGCGGCAUGAAUACCGUUAUACCAAGUUGAACCACUGGGCUGACUUUGCACGAAAUGAUCCCAGGUUCCAUGAGGUGGAUGGCGCGCAUUAUACGACGAUCAUGCCGGAGAACAUGCCGAAGUUCCAGCGGACGCUGAAGAAUGUAGUAAACGCGUUGGGAUGGUCAGGGAAAUCCGAUAACGAGUCAUGA